CGGCAACUCAGCUUUUCAAAAGACUAGUUAGUACCGCCUAUGUUUUAUUCUCAGUCAAAUGUUGCCUCCGGCCCUUCAUGAGCGGGCUCAUCACUUCUUUGCUGAUCGAACCCGUCGUUCGGCAAGCCCGUCGUCUGUCACAGCAGACUGAAGAAUCCGGCUCGCCUGUUACUCAAGCUUCGAGCAUCUAUGAUUGGUAUUCUUCAGACAGAGGCGAAGACGACUGCGAUAACAUCGCGAGAGGUGUUAUGUCAUAUUCAGAGCAAGAAAUGCAUCCUAAUAUAGGGGCUUAUGGUGAAUAUGUAGCCUCCGAAGACAGCCCCUCGUCCGUUGUGCUUUGGCCGACUGGCUUCAACGACCAGAACCACGAAACCGAACCCCUUUCUCUGUCGCACCGUGCUAGGCAGAUAAUUGACAAUAACGUUUCUGAAAUCUCAGACAACCAUGCGGUUAUCAUACAUGGGAGCGAUUUGGCGGAACCACGGCUGGCCACCUCAGUUGCUAUCUCUACACACGAUGCCUCUCAACAAACAAGCUCAACCCUGCGGGGAACCCAGCGAGUAUCGCAGAGUCAUCUUAACCUAGUUGAUACGGGUGGACACUCUUCGCUUCCAGAAGACGAUGGAAUGGGUGCCUUGAGGAAAAAGAUCCAUGCCAUCCGGGAUCUAAACUACAGUAGCAUGGAGCAAGCACGUAUGAUCCACGACUUAAUGACAGAAAACUAUAAUGCUUCUCGAAGUAAUCUGGAUGACCAGACGAUAAGAAUAACACCGUCACUAUUCAGGCCCCCAAGCUCGGAUCGAUCUGUCAUUCCAAAUCACCGUUGGAGCAGUCAAUCGUUUGACCAGCAAUGCCUAACCCCUGCUACCCCAGCUUCGAUCGCACAUCAAGAAAAUCAGUAUUGUUUGACAGCUGAAGAUUUGAAACCAACUUUUUCCCCUAGAGAUGAAUUAGAACUGCCCCCUGAAGAUAUUGAUGAUACGGAUGCUGAAGAAUUCGAGGAGGCUUGUCUAGGUUGUCGACAUUAUAAAAGGAAUGUCAAACUACAAUGUUACGCUUGCAAGAAAUGGUAUACUUGUCGAUUUUGCCACGAUGAGGCAGAAGACCAUCACCUCGAUCGGCCAAAAACAGAAAGCAUGCUAUGCAUGUUAUGCGGGCAUGCUCAACCUGCCACGCAAUUUUGUAGGCAAUGCGGCGAACAAUCUUCGCAGUACUAUUGCAACAUCUGCAAGCUCUGGGACAACGACACUAGCAAAAGUAUCUACCAUUGCAAUGACUGCGGAAUCUGUCGAAUCGGCCAAGGCUUAGGCAAAGAUUUUUUUCACUGCAAGACGUGCUGCGUCUGUCUGCCUAUCUCGAUCGAGAAUACGCAUCGAUGCAUUGAGCGCUCGACGCAGUGUGAUUGUCCUAUCUGUGGGGACUACAUGUUUACAUCCCCUGAGACCGUCGUCUUUAUGCGGUGUGGACACAGCAUACACCAAAAGUGUCUUUCCGAGUAUUCAAAAAAUUCAUAUCGCUGUCCAAUAUGCAGCAAAACUAUAACGAAUAUGGAAUCUACCUUUCGAAACCUGGACCGUACGAUCCAAAGUCAACCUAUGCCCGCUGAGUUCAAUGACACAAAAGCCUUAAUCUACUGUAACGAUUGUGGUGCAAAGUCUGUCGUUAUGUACCACUGGCUGGGGCUAAGAUGUGAUAUGUGCGAAUCAUACAACACUGCUCAAAUUCGAUUAUUGAGCGGAAACGCACUGGAUUCAGUCGAAGAUGGUUAUGCGAGAGAAGGCUUCAUAGCGUCUCGAACAAGGUCAUCAUCUCAAGGCACGGGCAAUAUUGCGCUCCCAGUAUUGACAACAUCGAUACUUGACACCAACUCCGGCCAGGAUAUCCACUCAAACGCACGACCCAAUGCACCAAUAUCAGCUGAGUCAAGUGAGCGAUUCUCCUACAGUAUCAGUCGUGGCCGUGCUGUUUCCCCAGUGAUCAGUAACUAUUUUGGCAUACCCCCCGAUCGUGGCUCUGAGAGACCAAAGUCAACGUCAUUCUUUAAUGACCGAGCGCCCAAGGAGAAUGAAACCGAAAAUAGCGGCGAAAUUCGCUUUUGGGGUGCGAAGUUUAAGUACAGGUAUGGAUUUCUUAGUCGAGGGACUGAGUCGGUCGAUGGAACCUCAGAAGCCGGCAACGGUGAUGAUGAUGAUGAGCGGUCAUAUUGCAGCAACUCUGAGGAAGGCAACUCUGAGGAAGACGACGACGACGACGAUGAUGACGAGAAGAUAGAUAUCUUUGGACACAGGUGAAGACGACGAAAUAGCCAAUCUUCUCUCAAACGCCAUUACUGCUUUAUUAGUAGAUACCCAGCACAUUCGCUUUCAGUCAUGGGUCAAAUUGUAUGACGGCAGAGUAGCAUUCUACGCCUCUGUCUUUUCCCAUUUUAUCCCUUACUCACUUUAGUGUCGAUGAGCAUGUCUAGCAGUUCUGUGGUGUUCAUAAAGCAUUGGUGUCCUGGAACUUUGUCAGUACAAUCAAUUUUUGGUGCUUCAAAACUCGCUUCAUCGUCCGGGAGAACAGCGUUCGACUCGUAUGAGCCAGCCAUGGGACAUUCUCGGAUCUUACCAGAAACUUACGAUAACACUACACGGACAGGAGCUAGCGUGUCCGAGAGACUGUUUAAAUAUAAACUGGGAUGAUCAUAUAGGCGACUGGGGUUGAAUAGAGGCGUCGCUGUGCCUAUCACUGAAGCCAUACAACUUCAGCACCAAAAAGCUUUGUAUGUACAUAUAUUUGUCGAUGGGAACAAUGUUCCUUGUUUGUAAAGGAUCCCAGAAAAAGUGAACGUACGUGAUGAUGUCUAGUUAA